CUCGAGGUUUUGGACCGAAGCCGAGCCUGCACCUGCAUACCGAACCACCACGCCAGGACGCCCCUGCAAUGGCGAUGCUCGCCGCCGCUGUCGCUGCCGCCCUCGCCCUGCCGGGUGCCGCGAUGGGGCCUGGCGGCCAGCAUCUCUCACUCCUGGACCUGGACCGCGGCCGCGUCCACGUCGACCUCGCCGACAUCGGAGUGGUCGUGAAGGACGAGGAGGGCGGUGACAUCGACUUCCGCGGUGAAACCUCGGCAUCGAAGAAGCCAAAGCGCAGCAACACGUCCUAUCGCAAGGCGCCUUCUCGCCGGGCGAGCGUCGCGGUCAUGGACGAGGUCAUCCCAGUCCUCGAGCAGGAUUUCAAGAGCACGACGCAGCAGCUGAAACUGGCCCUGGCCAGUUUCAAGGACAAGCAGAGGGCCAUGGAUGUGGCGAAGAGGGAGACGACCGUGGCUAUGAAGUUACUCCGCCAGGAGGCAGAAAAGCGCCGCCGUUCAGCUACGGAUCGCAGGAUGGCCAAGCAGAAGGAGCUUCAGACCUUCAAUGAAGCCAAGCGCACCGCAAAGGAGGCAAUGGUCAAGAAAGCGCAGGCGCUCAUGGCCUCGAAGGGCACGGAUGCGAACGGCAUGAUGAGCUCAUUAUCUUUGGGCAUCAUGGUGGACGUGCUGAUGGCUCUGCCUACGGCCGUGGAGAAUCCGAUCUUCAGUAAGCGUCUAGUGAGGUCGAAAGAGCAGGCCGUGGCGUCCGUCCAGGACUUCCUCAACAUCACGCGCCGCAAGACGUCGAAGUUUGUGCUCGCGAGCAGCAAGGCGUCCGAUGUGGAGCUCUCGUUCUUGAUGGCACGCUACUUUCACGAAGCAUCUUUCCGUGUCAAGGCGAUGCAGUCGGACGCGGAGAAGAUUGCCAGGGACCUCAACGUUGUGAUGCCGCGGGAGCUUCGGCAGAGCUUCCUGCCCAUCGUGAGGAGCUUGCGCGCGAACGCGGUCCCGCUUCGCGUGAACGCCAGCGAUCUCGCGAAGGCGACACUGCCUGAGGCGUGCAGUCAGAUCUCCAGCCUCAUGGCGAACAUCAGCGGCUACAACAACAAGCUCGACUCGAUGCACACUGGCCUGCACAACCUCUGGCAGCUCUCCGAGCUGAUGCUGCCGCACAUGAGCAAGGUCUACCCCAUGAAGACAAGCGUCAUUGACACCGUCAAGGACUUCAUGUCUAUGGCGACCACCCAGGUCGCCGGUCUGCAGGAGUCGGCGGACGAGAUCGUGACCAACGUCGGCCCGAUCGUCAUAGAGCGCAUGCAGUGCACCUGGUCCGCUGCGCACGCCCGCAGCGGCCUCGGUCUGGUGGCGGCGGCGCUGGCCAGCACCCUCUUCGCGUAGGCCUAGAGCGCCCCUAGCCGCGGCGUCCCUCCGAGCGCCAGGAUGGCAGUAAGGCAACAUGCGAUUCUGACUGUGGUGAUGAUGUCGAUGCCGACGCUGGCAAUAUUUGCGAUCAGCUCGGAGCGAGCAGUUUUCGUUGGCUGCGAUCCGUAACGUAUUGCGCGCGGUGUCCGCUCGCGCGGGAGGCUGCAGGACGGGCGUGUCCGUGUUGCCCACUCGGCCUGCACGCCGAUGCCGACGGCACGGAGCGGACGAGAAGGUGUCGCUGGCUGCGGCUUCGUGGCAGUGAUGAUGGUUUUGUAAAAUCUGUUGCAACGUGAGAAGCGAUGCCUGCGCUGGAUUCUAUGCGGAAUCCGCCAGCUCGCGUGCGCAGCCCUCCUGCGCGAUCCGACCCUUUC